ACACCUGUGAGCCACAACACCUGCUACUCUAGUGAAAUCACUCUUGCAUUUUAACCUGUUACCUCAGUUUACUGUGUGUUUACUUCACAUUCUAACCAAUCAGGAUCCUACUCUACCCGCCCAGGUGUUUCAGACCCCAGGCUAACAGAGAGGUCUUUGUUGGACGGAUGAAUAUUUGAUGGAAUGAGGCGUCAAACUCUUGACUUUUAUAAGACUUUAUUUUUUACUUUUGUUUUGAAAGUUAUUUAAAUAAAGUUUUUAACUUGUAGUUUUGUACACGUGUUACAUUUUUCAUGUUUUCAUCAUUCUGUUUGUAUUUUGAUUCAACAAAGAUCUUACAGAGGCCACGCCCCCUUUAAUCCAGUUUAAACAGGUGAGUUCUCAAAACAUUCUCCUCCUGUGCACUUAUAAUUGUCUCUGACUCAUGUUAUGAACCCCAGAUAAACUGUUAAAGCCUUCUCCAGUAUUUAAAAGUCUGUCAUCUGCAUAGAAUGACACUUUUCCUUCUCAUCCCACUCUUUUACGUCCUCUUUAUCCUGUAACAAAAGUUUAAUACAGGUGAUACGAAGGGGGAAAUUAUCUCUAGAGGCCAGAACAGUUUGUGUGUCAGGCUGUAAACAUGUUUAUUUCUGCUGUAAAAUUUUAACAUGGUGGUCUGUGGGGACUAAGUCACUGCUGCCCCUGCUGGACACCAGGGGAACUGCAGCUGCAGUCUCGGAGCCUUCUGAUUGGCUGUUUGACAGUUUGUUUGCGUCCCACCCCCUGUAACCUAGCAACUACCGGAGAGCGCUCAGACUCGGACCAGCUUCGGUGUUCCUGUGCUUGUUGUUGAAGUUUCAAGCCAUCAGCGACCGCCUUCAUUUUCGCAGGAGGGAACACUCACGUGACCCUGAGGGCACUUCCUGCUGUAACUUCUUCAGCUUGUUCAAAAUGCUGCUGCCCGUCUCUUCAUGGCACACAGCAUCCUGUCUUCUCUUCAUCGGCUUCCUGUUUAUCACAGAAGUCCUAACGUUGGCUUAUGAACGGUCCUGCUCCUCCAUACCUCUGUGAUGUUCUUCAGCCUUAUAUUCUCUCGCCGGCCCUUAGAUCAGCUGACCAGCUGCUUUUGGUUGUCCCGAAAACUAGGCUGGAACUUGGAGGAGAACUUUUUCAACUGUGUCUCCCAAACUUUGGAAUACGUUGCCUUUAAAUAUGAGACAGGCAUCUUCGCUUCCUGUUUUUAAGUCUCUUUUUCCGUUUGGAGCGGUGUGAGUUGAUGUGCUCUUUGUUUUGUUUUUGUGCAGCACUUUGUGGUUUUAAAUGUGCUCUUUAAAUAAAAGCAGGCCUGUGAUUACAGAACAUUUAACUCCCAGAAUGCACUGCAGCUGAGAGCGACACCCGUCUGCAGGCCAGGUCCCGUUUCUGUGGCAACACUGCCCACGCACUCCAAAGGUCGCCUUGUUCGGGGGGAAGGAGUGACAGGUGAGCCUGGUCACGUGACCAUCUCUGUGACUGCACCCACAACCCGAUAGGCUGGGGCCAGACAGUGAUGUCAUCUGAUAGGCUGUAACCAAGCAACUGGGUGAAAAGGAGAAGGAGAGAAGAAGAGGAAGGCAGAAGUCGAAGAGGAGAAACGGAGGAGCAGAACAAGAGGAGACGAGAGAGGAGGAGGCGAUGGAGAGCAGCGUGAUCCGUCUGACUCACUGUCAGAAGGAGAUCUUCUGCUUCUCUGUGCCGGAGGAGUGCCCGAGCUGCGGGGAGGAGCUGAGGGGGAGCAGACUGCAGGAGGCACCGGUCAGCCUCCCCUCCCCCUUUACCAACGGGCACAAGACCUCCUGCUGCCUGCUGGUCGCACCUGCACACGACAACCUGGACAGAGACUUUGAUGGGGCGGCUGAUCUUCACACCGGCAUCUCCAACACCAAAGGUGUUGUGUAUAACUACACUCGUGGAGGCGUCCGCAGGGAUCAGAGCGGCUGGGAGCGCAGCGUCAGUGUCCCUCUGGUCCGACCUGACAUGUUCCACCUGCUCGCUCAGUGGGACCAGUACCUGGAGCGCUUCUCUGACGGGCCUAUGUGGGACCCUGCCUGGCACAGGUUCGAUGAAAACAACCAUAACUGCUUCAGCUUCUGUUUGCACUUCGUGAACGGCGUUCUGGCGGCCGAGGGCCGCGGCACUCUGAGCAGAGACGACUUCACCCACACCUUCAUCCUGCCGAGGAUGAGGAGGGUGUCCAAAUACACCACGCUGUACAGGCACAUCCAGAAACACCAGUUCUACACGGUGGAUCGACAGCAGCACGCUCAGGGGGCGGAGCCCAGCAGCUAGAGACCAGCCUCACCCACUGUGUCUGUGACCACUUAGUCGGACCCACGACCAGAAUGGAGUCCGUGUUAGUGUGUCAUCGGUCACAUGUGACGCUUCAGUGUCAGACCUGAUGUGCAAUGAACUCACCUUCACACACACACACACACACACACACACAGCUCUGUUUCAUGUAGUGAGCUCAGCUUUGGUUCAUGUCUGUGUGUGUGAGGCUGCUCGUCCUCCAUCUGACCUUCUUUCUUUAGCGCGUUAGUUAGGGCUGUGCGAUAUGACCAAAA